AGGAUGGCAGAGCCUCGAUUUAACAACCCUUAUUUCUGGCCGCCACCGCCAUCAAUGCCUGGCCAGCUGGAUAAUCUGGUGCUAAUUAACAAGAUCAAGGAACAACUGAUGGCUGAGAAGAUAAGACCCCUGCACCUGCCACCUACCUCCACCCCAUCCCAGCAAAGUUUGCUGGUGCCAACCUCAUCCCCUGAUGGAGGCAGCUCCCAGCAUGGCAUGCCGGUUGCUAAGCAACAACCGCAACAGGUGCCGGGUCACCAUCCACAGCCACAGUCAGACAUCACUUUGCACGCCCGCUCAGGUUCCAGCUCCGGACCAGAUGGAAAUAUGGACGAUAAGCCGGUUGUGAAGGCCAAAGGAUUAUGGGAAGACUGGCACAUGAGACAAUUAAGUGAGCAGCAGGCCCGCACCAACCAUCGAUCAGGUCUGGCCCUAUCAUCCCGACCUGAAAGCCACAGCACUUCUGAGGCUCUCACCCCCACAACACCAACCUCCAGCAGCCAGAACCGCCUGGGUGGCGCCCCUUCUGUCAACAUCAUCUCUGGGCUAGCAAGUGGUCCUGGUAUGGAACACAUGAAGGUUGGAAACUUGGCGGGACUAUUGGGACCCCCACCCAAAGCACCACGAGGACGAAAGAAGAUUAAAGCAGAGAACCCAUCAGGUCCUUUACUGGUGGUCCCCUACCCUAUUCUAGCAGACCAAGGCUGUGUCACAGUGGCACCCAAAGAGGGAAAAACAUACAGAUGCAAAGUUUGCCCACUUACCUUCUUGACCAAGUCAGAGAUGCAGAUGCACUCCAAGUCCCACACAGAGGCCAAACCACACAAGUGUCCCCACUGCUCCAAGACGUUUGCCAACGCCUCCUACUUAUCCCAGCACCUGCGUAUUCACCUGGGCAUUAAACCCUACCACUGCUCCUAUUGUGAGAACUCCUUCCGCCAGCUCUCCCAUCUUCAGCAGCACACCAGAAUCCACACUGGGGACAGGCCUUAUAAAUGUGCUCACCCUGGAUGUGAAAAGGCUUUUACCCAGCUGUCCAAUCUCCAGUCUCACCAGAGGCAGCACAAUAAAGACAAGCCGUACAAAUGUCCCAACUGCUACCGUGCCUACUCUGACUCUGCAUCAUUGCAGAUCCACCUGUCUGCACACGCCAUCAAAAAUGCCAAGGCCUACUGCUGUAGCAUGUGUGGCCGGGCAUACACCUCAGAGACCUACCUUAUGAAGCACAUGUCCAAACACACAGUGGUGGAGCACCUAGUGAGCCACCAGUCCCCCCAGAGGACUGAGUCCCCUAGUAUCCCCAUAAGGAUCUCCCUUAUCUAA